ACUAUUCGGGUCCGGCGGGUUAUGUUGCGGAUGUGGCCAGGCAAUCCCCGCCAGCGAACUGGUGAUGCGAGCCCAAGCUAACGUCUACCACCUCAAGUGCUUUACAUGUUGCACGUGUCACAUGCCGCUCAACACGGGAGAUCGGUAUGGGCUGGUUCAAGGGAGCCUGGUCUGUGAGCAAGAUUUUUCUAAAGUGAUGAAAGGCAUGUCAGCGCUACAGAGCAGAGCCUCGCAUAAGAUGGUGUGUUGCUUGUCUUGA